CCCACUUUCGGGGGUUGAAAUUUCCCUCAUUUGAUAUUCUCUCUGGUAAAAGUUUCGCAGCGAAUUUUUCGUACCGAGAUAUGAGUUGUUUACAUUCACGGUGGCAUCAACUGACUGCGAGUCAUAAAUUUAAUAUCUCGAGGAGACAAUUUUUUUCGGUUAAUUUUGGUUCUCAGGGUGUCAAUGUGCGAAGGGAUGAAUCGGGAUGAUUUUAAUGAAUUGCUGGAGUGUCAGAGGGCACUCAUAAAUAUCAAAUUCGGUGUGAGAGUAUGUUGGAGACCUCGGGCUGUCGAAUUUCAAAACUGUAAACUCUUCGGAUUGACGGGCGUUGAGAUGUGAGAGUCAAGGGGCCCCGAGGGGUUUCUCAAGCAAUAAACAAUAAAAAUAAAAUAAGAACUGGCGACGAACGGUGGUAAAAAACCGCUGGUGGCCGUAGUGCAACGGCAAAUGUGGCUCUGUGCACGGUGAGCCAGGGUAACAGGGGCCGCGGGGCCCGUGGUGGGCCUAGUCUGGGCCGCACACGGGGCCAGGCGAGUGUGCGGCUACCCCUGAGUCCGCGCACCCUGUGCGCACCAGGCCAAGUGGCGGGGCCUCAGGCACCUGCUGGUGGGCCUGGUACUGGUGGAACGGGUGGAGGCCAUGGGCAUCAAGGGACACCGGUUCACUCCCAAAAUCUCGAUGAUGCCGCUGACGAGCCAAUGGUGCACGUCGAGAGGCCACAGCAGGAUGGCACGUGGAUAUGCUGUGUACCUUGUUACUGGCUCAGACGGAGCAAAGCUGUUCACAAAGCACUUCUCACGUUUGCUAUGCUCCUUGUCACGAGCUUACUCGUAACAAGUCCCGUCCUGUUUCUUAUCACAACUCUGCCGGAUGGAGAUCAGCCGAGGGACUGCGCAGUCCUUGACGAGGCUUGCAUAAGGGAACGAGAUGGGCUCGAGGGCACAUGCGAGACAAAGGCAUGUUACGAGGCAUCAAAGCGUAUGUUGUCAUCGAUGAAUCGGAAUGUGGAUCCCUGCACUGAUUUUUAUCAAUUUUCCUGCGGCAGUUUUCGUGAUAGGGAGCCUCAUCAGCCGAGCUCCAGUUUUGGAAUGCUUCAGCGUCAAGUCGAUCGUCAGAUUCGAAAACUACUGACAAAUGUCACUGGCAAGAUGACCGGUCCAUUCGAAAAACUGGGGCUAUUUUACACGACAUGUCAGCAGCACGGUGAUCUCGGAGUCGAUUUUUCACCAGUUUAUAAGUUGCUGCAGGAAUUGGGCGGAUACUUAUCACCCAGGGUAUCAGGGCCAUCGGACAUAACUCCACUCGUCUCAACAUUAUUGCAGGCCAACGGUGCGCCAUUAUUCGAUCUUUAUCUGGAUGUUGAUCUUUACGAUCACUCGAGAACAUCUGUAUUUCUGGAUCUACCCUCCAACAAUCAUCCGGAGGGAUUUUUCACAGCAAAACAAGAGGACGGGCCCCGAUGGCGCGAAGGCCUCAGCGGCUCACAAAUUAAACGGAAGAAACGCUCCAGUCCGGCCGAGAGUCGGGCAUACACACUGAUCAAGAAUGCACGGGAGGAGGAGCGUUGCCGUAGAAUUGAGAGAAUAAUCCAGAGUUUUUUGCCCAAGGACAUGGAAAACAGGGAACGAUCAUAUGAAACGUAUCUGCUGAUGCAGUUCUGCCUGGCACUCAGCAAGAUAUACCCGAGACAAAAAGAUCUCUACAACUGGGUGGACGUGGACCAGCGUGUCUACGUGCCUUACAAUCUCACGUAUCUCCAGGAUAGUUUCGGUUAUAUAAGGUGGGGGACGCUGCUCAAUUCAACACUGAGUAACAACCCAAAUAUGAUGAAUUUGUACCAUCGUGGAUACAGCAAUGAUGAACGUCUGGUUUAUGUGUACGUAACGGCACCGAGGUACUUCAGGAGUCUUGGUAAAUUGCUCAAUCAAUUCUCGAAACGGAUCGUUCAUAAUGGCCUGCUGCUGCUGUAUACUGUGGAUACACUCCACGACAUUGUCAACGUUACAGCUAGCGAUAAUUGGAAUGUCUCCUGCAGCAAGUUGACGAGCAAUCUUUUUGCUGAGGCUGUUGGUGCCGUAUAUGUCCAGCAAUAUAAGCCCCACCACCUGGAGACACUCGCAAACAGGGUCGAGAAAUUGUUUGAGAGAAUAAAAGAGACACUUGCUGAAAGGAUACUGGUUAUGUCAUGGCUGGACGAUGAGACCCGUGCACAGGCUCUACUAAAGCUCACCGAGUUACGGGGAAAGUUUCACGUUUGGCCUGGUUUUCAUAACGAUACACUUCUUGCCAGGGAAAUGGCCGGGGUUGUCAUCGAGCCCGAUAAUUUUUUUAAAAGUGUCAUUGGACGAUUUCGACAAAUACGAAGACUCCAGGGGCUGAUUUUACGGACUAGUAUUAAUGACAGAUGGCGGCAUCCUUAUGCGGUUAACGCGUAUUAUGAAUCAUCUACUAACUCAAUAGUAAUACCUCUCGCAAUGAUGACUGCCUGGUCGUGGUCCUGGGAAGGUGGUCCAGCCUACGCUGCCCAUGCAACCCUCGGCUCAGUGAUCGCUCACGAGAUACUUCAUGCCUUUGAUCUGCAUCAUCGAAGAUUACCACUCGAUCCCGAUAUCGGUGUUGAGAAUUUUCUUUGGAUAACACCGGAAUCGUGGAAUCGUCUGGAAACGAAAAUACAGUGUGUUGGUAGACUCUACGCCAAAAGAUUUUGGAAGAAAGUACAAUUUUACGGUGACCCUGUGGAUGUUCAGUUUGAUUGGAAUGUCACGAGGAAUGAGAAUGUCGCUGACAUUGGUGCUCUACAAAUAUCUCAUCAGACGUGGUAUACGCUAACCAACGGUAGAGACAGAACAUUGCCGAGUCUGGAGGGACUGCGUCCGAGCCAGCUAUUUUUCAUAAGCGCCGCCCAGACUUAUUGUUCUAACAUGACUGCCGAGGCCUACAUCCUCUCCGUCGAGCUCGACUAUCACACCCCUUAUCCAGAGAGGGUUAACGUCGUUAUGAUGAAUUCACCGGCCUUCGCCGAGGCCUUUCGUUGUCCCACUGGUGCACGAAUGAAUCCACCGAACAAGUGCAGCACGUGGUGAUUUGAAAUUUCACUUGUACCCAACACGGGACCACUAUUAUUAUUGAUGAAAAAGAAUGGCUUAUCUCAAACGGUGGUUUGAUGGAUUGACCAUUUCCUGGAGUGUUGGCUCAAAUUUGCGACGCCUUUUUAUUAGAUGAUUCACGUCGCGUCCACCGAGAACAUUGAUUUAACUUCCAUUGGUGAUUCCAGGGGGAGGGCGAUCUGACGUUGAUCUGAGCCAGGGAGGAGAGGAUCGUCGACGAAUGGACGUGACGAUGGGUCGUUAGGACGAUAAGCUUGUUAUAGAAUUUUCAAAGUCUAAAGAAAAUGGUUGAGAAUAUCUCACGAUGGUCGAGCUCACUGUUAAAAAUAUAAUUAAAUUUAAUGAAUUAUUGUAACACACAGACAUGUAUACAUACACACUAACAUGACACGCCAUUAACCCUUAAACUCCCUGAUAAGGCUUUAGAAAUUGAAGGUGAAAAGUUAUUGAUCUUUCAUUAAUUGAAUUUAGAAACGCCAGAUUACAUGCCCAGUUGAUGAUAAUUUUUUUUGAAACUUUCAGUCGUAUUUCAGGACCUGAAGUUUCAAAUUGAGUUUAUUUGUAUGGGUGCAGCUUUGGUUCAGUCAUGGGCCAGAAAAAUCUAGCCCUUUAUCUAUGAUUCGAUACUCAAGGAGAGGUUCACCCCGAGAAAAAAAUCAUUUUUCAAAAAAAAAACAAUUCAUAAUAUUUACUGCAGAAAUUUGAGUUGAAUGAAAUAAAAAUAAUAAUUUUCUUAAAUCAAAACAGAAAAAAAACACAAGUCUUCAGUUGUUUUAUUUGUAGUUUAUUUUAGAGAUUUUAUUUAUUUAUCAAAAAAAGUUAUGAAGGAAAAAUCUUGUAAUAAAAGAGAUAAAUUUGGAAAUUGUGAAUGUUAAUUCUUUUUCUCAAAAAUAAAAAUGGUUUUUCCCCGAGGAGAAGCUUCCCAAAUUUGCAAUGAUAGUAGCCAACGAUGUGAGAGUAUAAAAUUGAACUAAAAAUCCGUACGAGCAAUUUAAAAUAAAAUCGAAUCAAACUAGACUUAAGAACAUUGAGUUAUUAUCCUUAUUAAAAUGUCUUAAGGAGUCCCUGUCCCUCCGAAGGAACGGCCGAUAAUGUUGUUUGUAGGAUUAAUCAACGGAGAUGGGUUUUAAAAUAUGUUGAAAAAAAAAUGAUGAAAAUAUAUAUAAAAUGCAAGAAUCGCAAACUGUGAUAGUCUUCGGCGUUGCGCUAUUCAAUGAAAAUUAUGUUCAUCAGAGAGCAAGAGAAUUUUAUCUGCAUCAUUUACCAAAUUCGAAAUAUCUGAAAUAAAUAAUUAAUUAGUCACGAUUAUUUUGGAACAUGAAAUUGUGAAGAUAUGGGUGUAAUUGCUGAUGACUCGUGUGGCUAAAUAAAUAUGGUUUAUAUAAAAACAA